GAGUUGGCAUUGGAGUGUUAUCGUUGUGAGGUCAUUGAGGAAGCAACUUUCUUGCCUGCUUUUCAUACUUGCCUUUUAACUGCACGAGGCAAUUGACAUGGAUCUGUGAAGAAAAGGAUGCAGAGCAACGCUGAGACAGGAAUCGAGCCGUACGAGUACCAGUUGAUUCUUGAAGUUCUUCGACGAGACGCUCUUAUUCUGGACAGCGUACGAGUCAAGCUAUCGAGAGCAGCGAAGGAGGCGAAGGACGAGAAGACCAAGCAGACUCUAGACGAUAGUCGGUGCGCCUGCUGCCUGAAACCCUUCGUCGUAGGUCGCGGCGUCGGUUGCGGCGAGUGCGGAUCCCGCGUUUGCCGCAAGGGUUGUUCCCGCUGGGACACCCCGGACAACGCCUGGCAUUGCCUGUUUUGUCAUCAGCGGAGGUUACUGCAGUUGUGGCUCAGAAGGAACGAGAAGUGGUUCGAGACCUUUGGCGGUUUGUCCGCCGACCACGACGACGCGUCUCACCGGUUCAGUACGGCCAAAUCCGAGGUUUUUCUCGCAGGAGCGGACUAUGCUGGGGUUGGUCCUGGCGUGGGCCUUGCCGCCGGAGGCGAAGAGGAUGCGGGUGAUUCGGUGGAAAGGGUCCGAGAAUUCGUCGAGAGGAUAGUCGAAGGCCUCGUCGGAGACGUCGACGAGAUACCGAUAGACCGCCUCUACGAUCACACCGCCUAUGAUCGAUUUGUGGCAAACUACAAGCAACCAUUGGCUGGGGCCCUAGCACGACUGGCGAUAGCGCUUCAACUCUCUAUCGGUAAUAAGCCGGCAGCCGAUACUCCGACAAUGGCCCACGCCGCGCUUCGAGAUUUGGUCGAACGCGCUGUGGAGGAAGCGAGGAAGUUGCCAGGACUCGGAAAUCCGGAUGCCGGACGAUCCACCGAGCCCGGAGAUGUCGCUGACCAGACUUAUGAAGAUCUCCUCGCGACUGCUAUACUCAACAAGGUGAUCGAGAAGUAUCAAAAUGAACGCGUCGACGACAACAGCAACACAGUGGGCGCCAAAAGAACCUCCCCGAAUCAAAAAUACAUCACCAGUGAAAUCGAGGUGGGACUCGACGAAGGCGUCGAGGAAGGCAGCAGCAGCCUCGAACCACUCUCUCAGGACGAGUAUGGCAGCGAUUGUAGCGCACCACCCUCGAAAUAUUCCAUCAAUCGUCAGGAACCACUGUCGUUGACGAUAGAAGAGCACAUCGAAGAAGUGACAACGACCUACACUUCGGACGAGGAAGAACGAGAGGAGGCCGCGGCGAACGGUCUGAAUUUCAACAACGCGCAUCGUGUGCCUUUCCCCGAAUUUGGAAUGGACAUAAUCGAUCUUUCUCAAGAGUCUUCCGAGGAAUUGCUCGACGAGACGUCGACGCCGACGCACGUGGAUCUAGUCACGCCUGUAGAAUCAUGGGAGGAGAAUUGGCUGUUUCAAAAGAAGAAGAUGCAGGCUCAAUCCGAACCAGUCUCAAUGCUGGUCCCAAAUCCUAGCGAAGAUUUGAAACCUUUGAUUGGCGACAGAGAGGCCGAUGACACCUCAGAUCUGUCCGACUGUUCCGCUCAUUCCGACGAAGAAAUUGAGGACGAACUACUCGAAGUUAUCAACAACGUGAUUCCAAAACCUCGAGGUAGUCCGGAAGAGUCCAGAGCUUCUGGUUUGGCGGAAGGUAAGGAAAGACUGGAAAUUGAAACGCGGAGUGCAGAUAAUAUCCGAAAGAUUGGUCACGAAAAUCUAACGACGAACACCGCAACCCAUUUCCAAAUCAACGAAGCUGGUGCCAACGGAAUGACGAACGGACAUAACGAACAGAAAACCGAGAGUCCAUCGUCGGGGAGGUCGGAUAUCAAACUUGGUAUUGAAGACAUGCUCGUGUUCCAUCUGAGGGACAAAAAUACCUCGCAAUCCGAGCAGAAAACUAUGCGCCAGGAUCAGUCGAGCGAGUUUAUAGAGGCGGAAAAAUCGUCGGGGAAUAUCGUAACGUGGGAUGAAACGAUCGGUGGUAGUGUAAUAAAAAGUCCAGAACCAGCUUCUAGAUUAAAGUCGAGCGCUUCGGUCGAAAUUACGAGUCGAAACGGGACCCAAACAAUCGUGGUGAACAGAUCGUCGACUUCUUUUACAGAAAAGACUAAUCCCGAUGUGACAGGACCUCAGGUACUUGAAUCGGUCUGCCGGUCCGACCAAUCCAAGGAUCAACAAGCCAAACGUCCAUCCGUUAUUACACGAGAUAACGAGGUGGAUAAGAUGCCUCAAGACCAGCAUGUUGACCUGGGGGAUGAUUUGUGCUCAAAAAGAUGCCCAAGAACUCCGACAUCAUCUCCUCUCGAACAGAAAAUCGGCGUCCCAGAAAUUCAAACUCGUACCGACCUCCAUUCGCUGGAUGAAAAACUCGUAUCCAUCGAGACGAGGUUUGACACGAAACUUGGUUCGCUUGAAGAAAAAUUGAGAAGCCACGUUCCGGACCUCGAAAAGAAGCAAGACCCCAACGUAACGGAAGUCGGAAACGGAGUGGUCGAAGCGCGUUUCGCUUUCAUAGAAAGCGGCAACGAGAAUCAUCGCACUGUGAUAACCAAGGAGCACAGAGACGACCUGCAAAACGAGGAUGGAGCUCAGCAGGAAAGCGAGUACACCGAGCAUUACGACACAGCGACCCAGAGACACCUGGACAGUUUAAAGAGACCCGCAAAAGGUGGUAAAGAUGACAUCAAGGUAGUGGAUAUUCACGACGAUGACGAUAUUCCACCGCCGAUACCCUCGACUCCCCCGCCGAUUGCCAGACUCAGGCAGUGCCGCGAGGCUGCGGCGUUAGCCAACCUCGAGGUUGAUCAACUCGAACCGGCCGAACGGAAAAGGGUCGAAGUUGACCUGUUUCUCGCCACCCCGCCUCGACCAGGCACGAUAGCCGAGCGCGAGCACAAGAAGUGGGAAAAUGCCGCACCGAUAGAGAACAAUCCUUACAGUGAGGAAAAUAUUCAGAAAAGAUUGUGGCAACGGCAAUACUCCCGGAAGGUUUCAUCCGAAUCUUCAUCUGGAGUAAACACCGAAAUACCAAAGGUGGAUGGAACCUCUAUUCAAGUGGUCCUGGGCGCUGGUCAACCGGACGUUAAAAGGUACGGGAGAGACUACUAUAUCAACGAGGCAAAGAAAGCAAGUGGGGAGCGCGCUAGAAGAUCGGCUAUGUUGAAUGCCGGAAGACCGAACAGCUCGUUAUCCCAGAAUUCCGGCUCGUUCGAAGGCGAUAUUGAACAGCAGGAUAAAAUCGAGGACCAGGAACCAGAGCAGACCUCAAAUUCGGUAACGGAAGUUAAAACAAAAGCGAUGACUUGGCAGCAGAAUAACAUUGAUUCGAAUAAUUCUAACGUGGUAUCACAGGGCAGACAGAGAGUUGAAACAACAAUUCACUUGGGGAUUGCUCCGAACAAGGUAGAGACCAAUGACGUAGCGAUAAAAAGAUCAAUUUCUGAAGUGGAUAACUCUUUGAAAGAACAAAGUAAUGAAGAGCUUUUGGAGAAUGUCAGAAGGAACAGUAAGAAUGAACUAAAUGCGAAAUUGAACAACAAGGAAGACUUGGAGAAAUUGGCUGUUUCGCAAGUGAGAAGAUCAUUCGGCAGUGAUCAUCAGAAAUCGAUUAAUCGCAUUGACCUCAAGGCGUACGGAUUCGAAAAUGCAAUAAAAACUAGCAGCAGUUCUACAACGAAACUGUCCGAGAAACGAGUAGUGAACAAGCUGGACUUGAAAUCAUACGGCUAUGAGUCUGAUUUGUACAGAAAUCAAUCUAUCGGUCACAUUGACGAGAAACUGAAUAACGAGGUCCACGUAAAACCGAGAAUUGUGAAGAUGAAAACGAAAUCAAAUUUAACCGAACAUCAUGGGCAACGAGAGAGGUCCAAGAGUUCGCAAAACCUGGUAGAGUACGAAGCUUCGGGUGACUUUGAUGUGUCGAAGAGUAGCGAAAUUUUGAAUGAAGAGAAAAACUUGUCGGACGCGUUUGAUGAAUUCGGCGGAAUGAUUUCGGCCAAGUCUAUGCCGAAUGUAAUGAAAAUCGAACAGUAUUCACAGAAUUUGUCGGCGAAACGUAGGUACAACAAUAAAGAGGAUAUCAUUAUCAGUCAUUUUGGUACGAAGAAGGAAAGGUUGAAGGAGGAAGAACGAUUGAGGCGAGAAAUGAUCAAGGCAUCUUCGGCAAGCCAUGGCUUAUGGAAAUCGGAGACUACGAUUCUUACAGGUGGAAAGACUGGCUCGAUAGAUUUAUCUUCGGACGAUGAACUCGAUGGCAUAAUUGUGAAAACGAAAUCCACGGAGGUUUUGGCAAAGAAAGAAAUAUUCGAAAAUACUUCUGACGAGAAUACUUCCGUCACCAGCAAUAUUAACGAAAAUGAUUUGCCGAUGCCGUCUGUCCGCAGACUUGCUCAAGCUUUCGUCAGUUCACCGGCAGAAACACCAGCAGCUGCACCAAGGGUACUGAAGACGCAUGGCGCUACAAAAAAGGAAAGACCCACGACUCCGGAAGUUCAGAUAAUAGAGACGCCAAGACAGAUGCAUAGUUUGACCGCAAGGUCACUUUCUCGAGAGUUCAGAGAAGGGUUGAGACAAAUUCCUAACAAGAUAACGUCCCCGCCAGUAAGUUAUACGAUCAGCGAACAAUCGACGACUGUUCAAACCCACCGGGAAGUAGUUUCUUCCGAAGUUGAUAGCUCUGGUGACGACGUUAAAAUUAUUGAACCUGGAAAGUUGAAGAAUAAUAUCAAAUUUUGGGAACAACUGCAAAAGCAAAGUUAAAAUUAACUUUGCACAUCUGUGCCCUGUGCUGUGGAAUAGCACAUGAUGGACGAGUUUGAGGAACAGAAUCGUGACAAUUUUGAGCAUUUAUUAUCACACAUCGGUAUCGCAUUUGCGAUUGGUGCAAGACUACGGGACUGGAUUUUUAAUGACGAAGUAGAGGAAAGUUAAAUCACGACAGAAAUCGCAUUCCGAUCCGGAGUAAAAUUCACCACUGUUGUUAUGAAGAGGCUUUAUUUGAACUCGCCCAUCGAGAUGCGUUGAAGUUUAUAAUAUAGCUAUAUGUACAUGAAUUAUAAAUAUUAAGCAUCUAAAGGUACGAUAAAUAUCGGGACGGUGUACCAUGAUUACAUUCUACCAAGUCCAGCUGCCAUAUUUGAUUUUAAUGUAAAAUUGAAAAAUAUUCUUGUAUAAGUUUUAUCCGUUGUUUAUUUAGAUUUGAAUAUUUUCUUCCACUCGUUAUUUUGAGUUUGAUAUAAAUUUGUUGUUGAUAUGUAAAUGACGAUGAAGUUUUGAAUUAAUGUGUAUACGAUUUUAUCAGCAGAUUAUUCUCUAAUUGACUCUAAUUUAAAUUCGAAAACGAAAAUCAAACAAAGAUUCUGCUGUCAUUUUAUACACUGCUUGUUUCUGUCCUUGUGUGAUAUAUAAGGACACGUUAACGUGCGCUCCAAAAACAGAGGAUGAAGGGGAGAAAGAGAGAGAAAAAAAUAAGGAAAAAUUGUGAAUUACCACGUAUCAUAUAUUCAAUGGUGGACGGAAGUACUUCUAUAGUUCAACUUUAUUUAGAAAAAUAUAACAUGACCUUAUUACAUUGUGCCAAAGGACACGGAGUGUCGACAUCCAAAGAAGGUAUCUUAGGUAACUCGUAUUAAAAAAUCGAUAGUAGCAUAUCAUUCAAAUAAAUGAGAUUGAGAAAUUCGGUAAUAUGUAUUUCACAAUUUGUAUGUGUACUUAUAUUAAUUAUUGCGAAUCGUUGCAUAUUUUAGGAUAAUAAAACUGUAUAAAAUGUAUCGAUGCUUAUGUUCUAAAUGAUAUGUUUGAAUUUUCAGUACAAAACAUUCUUUUGAGAUGCGAAAAGUAAAAUAUCACAAGUGUUCAUGUCACAGAAUAGAAGCAGCGAACAUCAUGACGAAUACUGAAUGUUGCAAUUCUCAAUAUUAACAUAUUCCUCAUUACUCAUUCACAUACAUCAACUUAUCUCUAUUGGCACCAUAUUUAUACAUAAAAUAAAAUAAUCUUGGAAUAUUC